CAGUCGCUGUUGUUAUCUUUUUUGGUUCAAUGAAAGUCAAUAUGAACUAAGUAGACCAGACCCAGCUGAAGUUGCAUUGGUGUCUAUGGGAGACACACCCAGUUAAGAAGACCGGAACUGACAUUUAUUUUCACUGGUAAACGGCCUGAGUGAACUGUCUUCAUUUAUCCACCAUCUUUGGUUCUGCUUUGAAGACAUUGCAUAGAAAUAUUGCCACAAGCGAUGCUCGGAGUGACGAGCGCGCACAACAGUACCGUCGCAACUUUGCAUUCUUUUAUGAUUCUAUGUAACGGAAUAUUUAGGCUAAGCGCUCAUCUGUGGAUACAUUGUAAAAAGGACUUUUAUUAUUAUUUGCUUGCAGAAAAAAAUGUCCUUGGAUUGUUUUCAGUCGUUUGAGAAGUCUACACUUUGGAUAACUACGUCUUGCAACUCAGACGUGAACAACGCCUGAGCCUGACGCUCCCCAGAGUGUGUGUGUGUGUGUGUGUGUGUGUGUGUGUGUGUGUGAGUGCAGACACACACACCCUCUCCCUCGUCAGUCUCGGUUAUCAGAUAUUUCUACCCUGCCUGGUCCGGAACCCUGCCAGCCAAGCGGAUAAUGGCCCUCCUCUCUCUCCAGCUACCCCUCAGAGUGUAGGGAGCCGAGACCACAUCACACACACUUCCCUGACAGCUCUGCUUUUGUUGCCGGGGCGUUACGGAACGGGGGAAAUGCGGCAGACACACACACACACUCCUCGAUUCUCGCUCCUCUGACGCCCAAAGUCUUCUAACACCAUCGCUACUGCUAGAGAUGGAGGCGGCUUCAGUCCACAAAGCUUCCUGUGUCUGGAUUUGGAUGAACAGUUGCCAGCAUCAGCCCUACUCCCACACCCCUUCCCAGCCCCGGUGCCUCUAGAGGGGCCCAUCGACCCAGGAUGCAGGGGGGCUCUGGUCCGGCCCAGCCCCAGCCACGAUGCCCAUCACCCAGGAGAACGCCCUGAGCCACCUCCAUCUACUGGAGGACUGGCUCCUGGGGGCCCAGACCAGGUACCAGGACCACUAUGGAGACCCAGACCAGCAGUCCACCACCAGCAGAGACCCAGACCAGGACUCGUACCAGGAGUCAGAACACGAGGAGGAAGCCUGCAGCGGAGGUACCAGCCGAGACAUGUCUCCAUGCCAGGCCGCUGUACGGAAACUGGUGGAGUACAUCCAGCUCAACUUCACAGAGGGAGGCGAGAUCCAGAGUGCCGCCCUCCGACCCCUGACGCCUAGUGGGGUUGUGGACGCGGAGGUGCGAGCCGUGUGCCUCGCCAAGCGAGAGGGGGACGGAGCAGAGCUGGGACUGAGUUUCGGUAACAUCCCUAUAUUCGGGGACCCGGAGGGGGAGGGGAGGCAGAAGGGAGGGAGGAGGAGGAGGAGGAGGAAGGGGGAUCAGGGACCCGUGUUGGACGUGGGGUGUAUCUGGGUGACAGAGGUGAGGAAGAGAAGUCCGGUGGCGAGGUGCGGUAGAAUCAAACUACGAGACGAGCUGCUGUCACUCAACGGUCAGCUGAUGGUGGGCGUCGACGUCACUGGAGCCAGUUACCUGGCUGACCAGUGCUGGAAUGGCGGCUGCAUCUACCUGAUCAUGCUCCGGAGGAUCAAGCGUAAAGCCCCUCUCCCUCCGUGCAAUGGAAACGGCAACGCCACCGUCACUGGUGGCAGCGGUGCCAUCCAAGAUGUCCGAAACUCUCUGGACCACCAGAGCAGUGUGUCCUCCAAGCCUCCUGGCAGCCUUCCGACGCAGACCGUUGGCAGCAAACGGACGCGAAAGUUUGGCGUCAUCGCCCGGUCGACGUUCAAUCGCGAUGGUAAAGACCCUAAGAAUGGGAGCUGGUACGAUGGCGGUGGGGAGACGCUGGAGAACGGUUACCGCGGCUACGGAGGGUCCGCGGUCUCCAUGGACACGGAGGUCACGCCCCCGGAGCCUAGUAGCUCCACCCCUUCCAUGGACACACCCCCAGAGGAGGAGCCAAGAGAACCAGGACCAGGGACUGUUCUGCCCCCUCUAGCGAUCCCCCAUCACCUGCAGAACGGGGGAGGGACCGUCACCCUGCCGAACCGCUCCCACAGAGGACUGUCAGAACACAAGACCGAGUCACUCAGCAGUGAUACCUCCAGUCAGCCCAGAGAGGGGAGUCGUAUCUGGAAGAUGCACAUGGUGAAAGGUCAGGAGGGGCUGGGGAUCCAGAUUACGGGAGGACGAGGGUCCAAGCGCUCCCCGCAUGGCAUCAUUGUAGCGCACGUGGAGGAGGGCGGUGCCACACAGAGGGACGGGCGCCUGAAGGCUGGUGAUGAGCUCCUGAUGAUCAACGGUCAGUCUCUGGUUGGCCUGUCUCAUUCAGAGGCUGUAGACGUCCUACGCUCCACCGCUGGACUGGUACAACUGGUCGUCGCUAGCAGGGAGGAAUCGGAAGUGGAUUUCCAGCGGUACCCGUCCACCAGCCUGCCAGACCUGGUCAGUACCUGUGCCUCCUCUUCUUCUUCUCCCAGCGACAACCAGGGGAACAUGGAACCUCAUCACAGGCACGGUUGGGAGAACCUAACAGCCAGCAGCCUUAGCCUCUCUCUGUCUCUACCUACCACGCUGACCAAUCUGGAGAAGCUAGAGGAGCGAGGCCGGGUGGAGGGACCUAAAGAAACCUGCCGCUCUCCUACACCAAUGAAGUUCAGGAGUAGAUCACAAGGGGGCGGUAGUCGUCUGGAGUCUGUGGGAGAGGACGAUGAGCUGAUGGUGGAGAAUGGAGAGGCGGGGAGUGACAUGGUGGAGAAACCGACACGAGGCGGGCGCAAACACUCCCUGCCUCAGCAAUUAGACACUGUGGGCAUCCGCCAGGAGUAUCAGAUAGUUAAGAAAUCAGCUCGCUCCCUGAGCACCUUUCAAGUGGAGUCUCCAUGGCGACUGGCCCAGCCAUCUAUUAUCUCCAACAUAGUCCUAAUGAAAGGACAGGGAAAGGGGCUGGGGUUCAGCAUCGUCGGUGGUCAGGACUCUGCCCGAGGAAGGAUGGGGAUCUUCGUCAAGACUAUCUUCCCUAACGGAGCAGCGGUCGCAGAUGGAAGACUGAAAGAGGGAGAUGAGAUUCUGGAGGUGAAUGGAGACUCUCUCCAGGGCCUAACCCACCAGCAGGCCAUCCAUACCUUCAAGCAGCUGAAGAAGGGUGUGGUGACUCUAACGGUACGGACGCGUCUCCGCAGCCCCAGCCUGACGCCGUGCCCCACCCCCACCCUCCUCAGCCGCUCCUCCUCCCCAAACUCCAACGCCAGCGGGGGCAACCCCAUCCCCGUAACCCCCACCGUCGACGAACCCCCCGAAGCCCGCAAGGGACCCCCCGGUCCUGGCCCCAAGGACUGCAUCAUCAUGGAGGUUACGCUCAACAAAGAGCCUGGUGUGGGUCUUGGAAUAGGGGCCUGCUGUCUAACCCUAGAGAACAGUGCUCCAGCCAUCUACAUCCACAGUCUGGCCCCCGGCUCUGUCGCCAAGAUGGAUGGACGACUCAGUCGAGGGGACCAGGUCUUGGAGCUGGACUCUGUGAGUCUACGCCAUGCGGCCCUGAGUGAGGCCUACGCUAUUCUAAGUGAGUGUGGACCCGGACCAGUCGGCCUCAUCAUCAGCAGACACCCCAACCCCAAGGUUUCAGAGCAGGAGAUGGAUGAUGUAAUCGCUAGGUCUUCACACAGAGACAGCCUGAGUAAGGACGGACACGCCUCUCACACUCUAGGCAUUCCCUCUAAGAGCCCCUCCCCCACGGUGAAGGCCAAACAGGGAGAUGGCUCUUCCCUCAGCUGGACCAUGAAGAGGUUCCUGGAGCCCGCCAGCAGGCAAGGGUCUCUGAGCUCGGAGGCGGAGCUAUCUCAGUACUUUUCCCAGGAAGUAACCAGUCAUUCGUCGCUGUCGGAAACCAUUGCGAUGGGAUCCAGUGAUGACGACAUGCUGCACCACAGGAGCUGCAACACCUCAAUAGACGACACCCCCGCCGCUCAGCUACAUGGGUUAAAAGAUGCCUCCUGUGUGGGAGCAGAUGAAAAGGCCCCCGGUGUCCCGGUUUUAAGCCGGCCAGUGGAGACCACCCAGCGCCAGCCCAGCAUGGUUAGUCCUGGUAGCAGCUCCGUCCGCAGCCCGCUGCUCCGACAGAGACGAGUCGUCUGCUAUGAAGAUGAGGUCAGCGAUGAUGAAGAUGCUGUUACCCUGCCCUUCCGCCAGGUUGCUGGUCAUGGUACCACCAUGGGGGUGCUCUCUGACUCUGGCAUCAUGAUCUCUACGUCAUCAGUGGAGGUGGACGAGGAGUGUGAAGGUCCAUCCAUCCUGCUUCAUAGUAUCUCUCUGGAGUCAGAGGAAUGGGUCAGCUUUGUUCCUUCCUCCGGCGCCGAAUCACCCUUCAUGCCUAUCCGCCGGUCGGACCACCACCAGACCCCCGGGGGAGGAGGAGGGUCUUGCCCCACGACAGGCCCCAGUAACCUGGGUGUGAGGGAGGACCCUCAGGGCCCCCUGGAGCCCAGGCGCUCCCCUAAGCUGGAACACAAGGCUGUGACCCGCGUCAAGAGUAUGAUGAGCAUCGAGGCCCCGCCCAUCCAGCCAACCAACCAGCAAAACCAGAACCAGAGACCCAAAGGAGAGGAGUCUCCAACGUCCCCAUCCUCCCAGCCUCUGGUCCCUGAGCCUGGCGUAGCCUCCAGCCGCUCCCUGGGCCGACCUGGGUCUAACCCCAACCCCCUCUGUAAGAAGGGCGAGGCCUGCAGCGAGCUGGCGGGGGUCUGCACCAUCAACAGGGUGGUCCUGAGGAGGAGUGAGGAGGAGUCCUUCGGUAUGGACCUGGAGAUCAGAUCCUCUCCUCUGAAGGUGGUGAUCACUGGACUGAGGCUUGGAGGAGCGGCCGAGAGGGAAUCCCAGGGCAGGAUGUGUGUGGGGGACGAGAUCGUGUCGAUUGGGGACACACCCAUGUGCUCCUCGUCCUAUCACGACAUCUGUGAGCUCAUGCACAACCUUCCUGUGACGCUCACGCUGGAGGUCAAGAGGCCCGUGUCAGCUGUAGAUCGCCUGUCCAGCCUCAUGAUGUCAUCGGGGAGUUGUGAUGUCAUGGGACCCUCCGGACUGGAUCAGUCCAGAACUCCCCAGGAAGCCAAUGGGGGCACUCCAAAUCCAGGAAGUCCCUCCUCCUCCUCCUCCUCACCGACCAAUCACAAUCCCAAACCCACAGCCCCAAUCAACCACAACCACAGCAGUGAUAUACCUGUCACCUACAUUGACGACGUCAUAACCAAACUAAGCUCCUCCGAUGUUAAGAGUGCCCUCUCUUCCAAAACCCUCAAAGCCCCUUCAGAAGCACAACGUACUGAGACUAUGGUCUGUGAGUCAGCUCUAGACAGCAAGACCCUGCCAGACAACGAUGAAAGCACAGUUCAGACUCCUCCAACGUUGCCCAGUCAGUUGGAUUUCUCUGUCUUGGACUCUGGAAAGAAAGGCUGCCUCAUGGGUAAAACAUUCUUGAACGACGACUACUCCAGAAACUGUAGCAGUAAUCUCACAGACGAGGGAAUGAAUGCUCUUUCAAACGGGGUGGAGAGACCCCCCGGCGCCUCUGCUGCCGCCUCAAACUGCAACAUGUACGACAUGGUCGGCGACAGUGAUUCGGAGAGCGAAGACACUGCCACCGACAACAGCCGUGGCGCUGCCAGCUAUAACAAACCGGCGAGCCGCGGUGUCGGCGCUGAGCCCCAAGGCACGGAUUCAGAUGAGGAGGAAGUGGAGAUUUGUUACAGUGAGGCCCAGCGGCCCAGCACUCUGAUCCAGGCUGAGCUGACUCACCUAACAGAUGGGCCAUUGUCUCCCCAGCUCUCUAUCUCUAUCUCUGGCUCUGACGGCAGCCACAAUACAAAGGAGACUGGGCCCUUUGAUGUAGCACUAGACUCUGCUGCUUCUUCCUCCUCCGCUGCCACUGCUGCUUCUGCUGCCUCCCAGCAAAAUGAAGACUGCUCUGUUGUAACGACCCAAUCCAACCCCGAUCCGAAACCAUUCCCCUCACUGUCUCAGGGUCUGCCUGCCUCUGGCUCUCAAUGCUCAGGUGCCUGUCUGGCUGUGGAGGCCAAAGGUUCCCCUUGCCAAGUAAUGCCCCGCCAGUCUUCCAAGGACACAGAUUCUGAGCCCACCACAAGCCCCGCAGGGCCUUCAGAAUGUGUUGUCAACAGUGCCAACAGGGUUUGUGACACUAUUGUAACACCUCUAAUAAAACCCAGCCAUGCUCCUUCAUUAAGCGUCUGCAGUACCCCCAUUGCAGCGGCUAGCCGCAACGUUGUGCGACGGAGUCAGGAGAUGUCAGCCCGACUCCGUACAAACGUUUCACCGGCUGCGGCAUUAGGGAAACUAUCUAACACACAAUCAUCAUCAUCAUCCCACUCAAUGGUGGCGGAGGCAAAUCCCUCCAACUAUAACAAUGGCUGGUCAGGCGCAUCUAAACCAUCAUCAACAUCACUAACAACAAGAGACAGGGAGAGAGACAAAGUUCCCCCAUCAACAUCGCUAACAACAAGAGACAGGGAGAGAGAGAAAGUUCCCUUAACUUCCCUGGAACUCAGGUUGGUCCAGAAUAACCCUACUAGUCCCUCUCUCAGGACGUCCGGUCCCAAAUCAGUCAACAACACUUCAACAGACACUCCUCUAUCCAGCAGUAGCAGCAGGCUCAGAGUCAAUGACAAAGUCCAGAAGACCAGCAACACUGUUCCCAAAAUGAAGGGGCUCAGCGUCAAGUGUAAAACCAAACCCCAGGAGCAGCUUUCCCCAAAACCAGCCAGAGCAGAAAGUCCGUCGGUUCUGAGGAAAGCCAACAACAUUUCCCCGCUCCAGUCCCCCAAACUGCAAGCCAAGAAGGUGGGCUCCCUCCUGCAAACCAGGAACGUGGAUUCCACUCUGCUUACCAGGAAGGCAGCCGUAACCAGUAGCCUAAAGAUUGGUAAACAGCAAGACCGGAGCAGCAGUAGCAGUAGCCCUGCCAUGCCCAAAACAGGUGACGGAGGCCAGGACAAGUCCAACCGCACAACCACUACUACGUCAGAACCAAUCAGCCAAUCACAAUCAGCUACCAAGACGAAGGCAGAGGAGCUCCGUCUACACAAAGAGGUGGAGCAAGGGAUUUUGGCGGUGGCCAAGCCAAAAGAACGACCAGAGCCAGUCCCGACUACCCAGAGGACCUUCAUCGAGGUGCGACUCUCAUCCUCUACUCCUCCUUCCUCUUCCUCGUCUACACCAGUUCUGACACCAAAGGAAACUGGGAAUUCAAAGGAUUACUCAAUUACUCAUACCACAAAUAUUACUCCACACAAGGAUCAGGUCAAUGGAAGUCCAGUAGAGACUAGUCUAUGGCCAGGAACCCCUGCAACCCCUGGCUCGGUGUGUAAUCCUGAAAAGGUCAACAACACUACCAGUGAUUCAGCAGUGAACUCAGUAGUUCUAGAAUCCAUAGAUGGGGUUCCUUUGCCUAUGAGAAAUGGUCCCAUCUCUCACAGGAACUGUAGUAUAAAAGAGAUGGAUGAAACUGAGAGCGUCAAAGGCAACGAGUCCAAACUGAAGGCGAUGGAUCGCCGUAGUUUCUCCAUGGACAACAGCGCCCCCGGGGAUCCCAACCUCUUCUCUGUCCGCCAGAGGAUCAAGUCCUUCGAGAACCUGGCCAGCUUCGACAAGCCAGUCCUCAAAUGCAUCGACAUCCAGUCCUUUGCUCAGUCCUAUGCUCUGACUGCAACGUUGAAGCCGCCUCUCAACCGGAGACUGUCCGGCUACAUGUCUGGAUCGGUGAGCUCCGUGGACUGCCGCUCGCUACGAAGGAGCUUCAGCUCGUGCGUCGACAACUUCAAAGCGUCAACCCCCUUGACCCCAAUGUCGCCUCAGCUUCGCAAGUCACCGUCGAGCAUGACCCUCACAAACGUUGACCUGUUGACGCAAAACUGCAGCGCUAGCGAAGCUCCCCUCAGACAAACCCAGGACAAAUUUGCGGAUGAAGAAAGUCCCAGAAUCUCCCCAGGAGUCGUAACCCUAACCCCUCAGACGCCCCCGGUGAUGCGGAGCCGCCAGACCCGAGGCCAUUCCAACCUGUCCCGGUCCAGACUGAGGGAGCUCAGGGCCCUUAGCAUGCCAGACCUGGACAAGCUCUGCACCGAUGACUUCUCCAGCGACCCAGGGACUAACGCCGCCACCUUUAAGACGGAGCUGGAGAUACACCCAGCCAGGCCCACAGAGGUCAUCCAGAACCAGACAGGGGGCUGUUCCCCGCCUGCUGCCCCCACCGGGGUGCACCUGACCAGGGCCAGCUGGGUGGACGCUGGGGCCAGCCUGGACCCCAUUCAGGGGAAAACCAAUGGGCAGCAGACAGAUAUCCAGAACCGGUCCAUCAGUCUGACAGUGCUGGCUGGCUCUCCGGUGGAGCAGAGUAAGCUGCAGGCGGUCCUGGCCUCACUGACCGCCAAGACAGACGUGUUGGCCCUGCUACAGGAGGCCAAGGCUCUCUCUGAGGUUAAAGAUGAUACCCACUUUGUAGUCUUCUCUAAAGAAGAGGGAUCCGGACUUGGUUUCAGCAUCGCUGGUGGAAUGGACCUUGAGCAGAAGUCCAUAACUGUCCAUCGGGUGUUCUCCAAAGGCGUGGCCGGCCUGGAAGGUACCAUUCAGCGGGGGGAUAGUGUCCUGUCCAUCAACGGCAGCAGCUUGGAAGGGAUGUCCCACGGAGAAGCCCUGUCCUGUCUCCACCAGGCUAGACUGUCCACUCAGGCCCUGGUGGUCAUUCGCAGGGGGAAGGACAGUGAAGGACAGAAGUCCCCGAGACACCAUGACAACAGGCCUGAGAUGGCUAGACCAGUGGAGGUGGAGGUGGGACCUGACGGGGCUCUGAGUGUGGAGCUCCUGAAGACGUCAGCUGGUCUGGGCUUCAGUCUGGAGGGGGGCAAAGCCUCGGCGCACGGAGACCUCCCACUCAACGUCAAGCGAGUCUUCAAAGGUGGCGCUGCGGAGCUGUCGAGGGUGGUGGAGGUGGGGGACGAGGUACUGGAGGUGAACGGGCGCUCGCUGCAGGGCCUCAUGCACUACGACGCCUGGAACAUCAUCAAGACCGCCAGCGAAGGCCCCGUGCAGCUUGUCAUCAGGAAACCACGGACCUCUGUAUGACAGACGUACAACAGGCAUAUAGAAUGAAUGUGAUGGACCAGACGUACCUCGUAGAACACAUAUGUAAGCUGAGGUGACAUAAUGUAUAAUCCAGGACUUCUGUAUGACUGACAUACAACAAACAUAUCUCAGAGAACUAUACAUAUAGCUACGAUGGCUAAAUGUCACUAUUAUGACAUAUUCUUAUGAAACGGACAGACGUAUUGGACAGACAUGUUGGACAGACAUUGCAGGGUUGUUCUUUUGCUAAGCGGACUGCAAUUCGGUCCGGAAUGGAACUAAGUCAAAUAACGCGCCGAAACCAGAUUGUGGAUUGGAGGAAGAAGCAUUCUUUAUUUUAUUAUAGUGUUUUAUACAGGAGGACUAGAGACUAUUAUAGUGUUUAUACAGGAGGACUAGAGACUAUUAUAGUGUUUAUACAGGAGGACUAGAGAGACUAUUAUAGUGUUUAUACAGGAGGACUAGAGACUAUUAUAGUGUUUAUACAGGAGGACUAGAGAGACUAUUAUAGUGUUUAUACAGGAGGACUAGAGAGACUAUUAUAGUGUUUUAUACAGGAGGACUAGAGAGACUAUUAUAGUGUUUAUACAGGAGGACUAGAGACUAUUAUAGUGUUUAUACAGGAGGACUAGAGACUAUUAUAGUGUUUAUACAGGAGGACUAGAGACUAUUAUAGUGUUUAUACAGGAGGACUAGAGACUAUUAUAGUGUUUAUACAGGAGGACCAGAUACUAUUAUAGUGUUUUAUACAGGAGGACUAGAGAGACUAUUAUAGUGUUUUAUACAGGAGGACGAGAGAGUGUCUUUAUGGUGGCAUCUUGUGAUGAUGGUGGUGUUUUUAAUAUCUCAUGGACUGCUCAGUGUUAUCAAAUCAAAUCAAAACAAAUGUUAUUGGCCACAUGCACCGAAUACAACAGGUGUAGACAUUACAGGGAAA